AUGCUUAAGAUUCUCUUUUUAUGGGCACUGGUCUACAUGAGUGAGGCAGACACUAUAUUCGAUAAUAUCUACAAGACACAAGUGCGUAACCAAGCGACCGCGUGCGUGCUGGCGAGUACCGCGCGCGCCUGCAGGGGCGUGCUCUGGCAGAGGGACUGGCUGCUUAUGAACUACUCCUGCCUGGCCGGCAAUCCCUUCGCGACCGUUAUUGUAAAGAGAGGCAACGUGAAUUGUACCUAUGAAACAACAACCUCAGCAAAUAAUCCAGACCUCUGUUCCCGACACGCGCUGUCGCACUACAAACACCCCCUGUACCCAGACGUGGACCUGGCGCUGUUGCAGCUCGACACCCCUUACACCUCCAUGGAGAUGCUAAACUAUACUAGCAACAAUAUCAUUUUAUUGCAAAAG